AUGGCUUUCCUCUGGAUCCUCUCCUGCCUCGCCUUCGUUGGCGCUGCUUACGGCUGUGGUGUCCCCACCACCCCCCAGGUGACCGGCCACGCCCGCAUAGUGAACGGUGAGGAGGCGGUGCCUCACUCCUGGCCCUGGCAGGUGUCUCUGCAGCAAUCCAACGGCUUCCACUUCUGUGGGGGCUCUCUGAUCAACGACAACUGGGUGGUGACGGCCGCUCACUGCAACGUCAGGACCACUCACAAAGUGAUCGCUGGAGAGCACAACAAAGGCUUUGGAUCCAGUGAGGCUGUCCAGGAGCUGAAACCUACCAAGGUGUUCACCCACCCUGGCUGGAACCCCUACACCAUCAACAACGACAUUGCUCUCAUUAAGCUGGCCAGCCCAGCCAGCCUGGGUGAAACCGUAUCCCCCGUCUGCCUCGCAGAGUCCUCCGACCUCUUUGAACCCGGCAGGACCUGUGUGACCUCAGGCUGGGGUCUGACCCACCACACUGCUCCCAACACUCCCAACAACCUGCAGCAGGCUGCCCUGCCCCUGCUGUCCAACGAGCAGUGCAAGAAGCACUGGGGCAGCAACAUUUCUGACGUCAUGAUCUGUGCCGGCGGAGCUGGAGCCACUUCCUGCAUGGGCGACUCUGGUGGUCCAUUGGUCUGUGAGGAGGACAAUGUCUGGACCCUGGUUGGUAUUGUGUCCUGGGGGAGCAGCAGCUGCUCCACCACCACCCCGGCUGUCUAUGCUCGUGUCACUGAGCUGAGAGGUUGGGUCGACCAGAUCCUCGCUGCCAACUAAACACUCAGCAGAGGGGACUAAACAGACAAAUAUCCAUUUUAUAUUUUAUACUUGUGUUUCCAGUCCAGGUCUCGAGGGAGAUGAUGCCUCUCUC